AUUUCUGUUUCUUCGCUUGCUUCUUAGUUCUUACUCGCACCACAAUUCGCGCAAUUAAGUUCGUUCUUCGAGCAGAUGUUCCACUUUAUGCACCUCCAAUCUAAGUGCCUAUUUAUUUAUCAACUUGUUUUGAUUCGCAGCAUCUUCAUUAAUUUUAUUUGUUACUGUUUUGAUUUUCGAGAUUCGUAGCGUUCCCUUGGCCCUUGCCACUUUCGCACACACUGAGUUUAUACGUUUAUUCCGUAAUGAUCCUUUAGCUUGCAGAUUCUCUUCAAAAACAACCUCGUUGAUCAAUUUGUUUUUAAUCUUAUUAUUUUAUUGCAAAAAAUGCUAAAAGAGGCAUAGAUCGCGUAGUUCCUUUUGUGAAAUGUGGAGGGAGAAAAGACACUGAUCUUUUUUGAUUUUUGACGUAGACUAAUAAUGUAUUAUGUUAUUUAUAAAGUGGACCUUCCUUUUGAUGUUAUUCAUUUGGUGUUAGAGACGUGUCUUCACCCAAUUGCUUUUUUAAGUACUUGCAUGAUGACAUGGUGGCUCAUUAUUGGUAACAAAGUGGUAUACAAUUUGGUCUUUCUUUCUUCCAAAUUUAAGAAACCAAUAGUUAACUUUCAACAAAAUUGGUCAUUGUUCACGCUUUUUAAAUCCAAAGAGUAGCCUCUGAGGUUACAUCGUAGAGAUGUUAUAUAAAACCAUACUUUUUUGUAGUAUAUAACUUGUAAAGAACUUGAGCUUUUAAAGGGCUUUCCCCCAAUAUAGUACUACUGUUAUAUAUAGCGAUUGCUCGUAACUUUUGGGAAUUUGUGCUUCCAAGUUGCAACUGCUAAAUACUCUGUGCAUCUUAGCUUUUGGUACAAACGCUGAUUGGCCUAACUUUUCUCUCUCACCUUCAUUUGAACGAUUGGUUUGUCUAUUUGGCUUCUCUAUUGUUAAAUAACUCAAGGUCGUGCAGUUUUGCCUGUUCAUAAAUUAAGUUUGGUAUGGAUACUGCUGCAGGUCAAACUCUCUAUCCGUUGCACCGUUGCAAAACUGUUCACCUGGUUAGGCAUGCCCAAGGAGUUCAUAAUGUAGCAGGAGAGAAGAACCAUGAUGAAUACAAAUCUUACGAUUAUUUUGAUGCACACUUAACCCCUCUCGGCUGGGAGCAGGUUGAUAAUCUGCGAAAGCACGUGAAGGUGUGCGGACUUUCCAAAAGUAUUGAACUUGUUGUCGUUUCCCCAUUGUUAAGGACCAUGCAAACAGCAGUUGGAGUCUUUGGUGGGGAAGCAUACACUGAUGGAAUUAGAAAACUACCUCUGAUGCUGGAAAAUGUUGGACACAGCAAUCAUCUUGCAGUUUCUAGUCUGAACUGCCCUCCAUUUAUAGCAGAAGAGCUUUGCCGAGAGCAAUUAGGGGUUAAUCCUUGUGAUAAGAGAAGAACCAUCACUGAAUACCGGAGUAUGUUUCCAGCAAUUGAUUUUUCACUGAUUGAAAAUGAAGAGGACAUUUUGUGGACACCUAACGUCAGAGAGAAGCCAGAAGAUGUUUCUGCUAGGGGACUGAAGUUUUUGGAAUGGUUGUGGACACGUAAAGAGAAGGAGAUAGCAGUUGUUACUCACAGCAGUUUUCUGUUCAAUACCCUCCGUGCUUAUGGAAAUGAUUGUCACCCAAAUAUGAAGAGUGAAAUAUGCACACACUUUGCUAAUUGUGAGCUUCGUUCAAUCGUUAUCAUUGAUAGAGGUAUGAUUGGAUCAAGUGAAUCAACUACCAACUAUCCCGGCAAGAUUCCUCGUGGCCCUGAUCUUCCCAGUGAAGCUGCUGACUAAAAUCAUUCAGGGCAUGGGCUAACCAAAUAAUCGUUCCUCUUCUUGAUAAUUGGUCCUCUUUUAGGUUUUUUCAUUAGUAUGAUAUAAUUCUUUCUUGAUUGCAUUUACAAGCAAGGGUUCAAUUUUUUUCUUCAGCCAAACAAACUAUUUCCAUAGGAGCAGUUUAAAAAUUCCUUUUUCGUGACAUCAAGUAAAUUGGUACUUAUGGAGGUGUACUAAAUUUUUAAGAUGUGAUAAAAACUUAUGCCAACAAUGAUUAUGCAGUGUUUAAUUACUUCCAAAUUCAUCUAUGAAAAAUAGACAUUUGUCUUUCCAUUUUAUUCA